UAAACUUUUUAGUAACUUGUCUGUAUUCUCCUCUGAUUAAAUUAGUAAUUAAAUAUUGUCUGUGGUUAUUUUAUUUUUCUGAUUCAUCGAGUGGAUUAUAUUACUGAAUUUAAAUACGUAAAAUUACAAACAAAUAUGUUAAUUUUAGUGUUUUAAGUGAUCAACGGAAAUGUAGUGCCUUAUUGUGAAUAUUGUGUGGUUUCAUUUACGUAUAAUUUCACUGCUUCAUCUUUGAUGAGGAUGAUCUCAUUGAAGUUCUGACAUUACAGUCUUUUUAGCGGAUUCUUGAUCGUUUUAUUAUUUUGCUAUUGGGUCCAAUGACCUUGUAACUUAAAAAUAAUUUCAUCGAAAUUUAAUAGUGACAAUGAGGAAACAGUUUUAUAAGGUUAAGCAACUCGCAGACCAAACGUUUUCAAGGUCAGGUAAAGCAGAAGGUUUGACAGAUGAGUUACAGACAGCAGAUAGAAAGGUAGAACACUUAAGAAAUGCCUUACAGUUGGUUAGCAAACGGUUGUCAACGGGAGCUGGCAGUACACAGGGCCAGGAUCCCGCAGCCAGAGAGAAAAGACUGAAGAAACUGCCAGAAUACCUCCUUGGAUUGUCUAUGUGUGAAGCCAGUAAUUUUGAUGAUGAUGAUAGCAUUUUAAAGUACAUUUUAUAUGAAUGUGGCAAAACUGAAAAAUUUUUGGCAAAUGAGAUAGCAGAGCAUGAACUGAAGGUGGAACAGUUAGUUUGUGCACCAUUAACAACUAUUAGUGACCAAGAUCUUCCGGCCAUAAUGAAAGCAAAGAAACAACUUAGUAGACUUAUGAGUGAAAAGGAAUCGGCCACAAGCAGAUAUCAUCAUUUAGAACGUCAAAAAGAAGAGAAUCCAACAAAAUUAAAUGCUGCUAGAGAAGAAUUGGAAGAUGUUGGGAUCAGAGUGGAAGCUGCAAGGGAUGCUCUGGCUGCAGACAUGUUUGCACUCGUCGCGAAAGAAGCCCAACUUGCCCACACUCUAUUGCAAUACGUAAAAUUACAGAGAGCAUACCAUGAGUCCGCACUACAUUCCUUACAAGACACUGUUCCGGAGCUAGAAAGGUUUAUUAAUGACAGCUCAGUGAAGCCGGUGUUUGGGUAUCCACUAGAAGAGCACUUGAGAGUGACAAAUCGUUGUAUAGCGUUCCCAAUUGAAUUAUGUGUGUGCACGUUACACGAACUCGCGUUGAAUGAGGAGGGACUCUUUCGGAUUGCCGGCGGUACUUCAAAAGUACGCAGAAUGAAGCUGUCUCUAGACGCGGGACUCUUCAACGUCCCGCUACCCCGAGACUACAGGGACAUGCACGUGGUCGCCUCCGUCCUCAAGAGCUACCUCCGAGAACUGCCCGAACCUUUAUUAACGUACCGACUCUACGAAAACUUCGUGAACGCGUCCCGUCAGCCUACAGAACAAACACGACUUAACGCUAUCUGGGAAGCUAUACACUUACUGCCCGAGGCUAAUUUCCAAAAUCUUAGGUAUCUUAUAAAAUUUUUGUCUACUUUGACACAGAACCAAAGUACAAACAAAAUGACGCCGUCGAACCUAGCCAUCGUGAUCGCCCCAAACCUCCUGUGGGCCGCCGACGAGAGCACGUUCGACAUGAACAUCACCACCGCCGUCAACUGCAUCGUCGAACUGCUCAUCAAGCACGCCGACUGGUUCUAUAAAGACGACAUCAACUUCUUCAUCUCCUUCACCAAAGAGGAUCUACUUCCAGAUCAAUGCGAGUAUGGGUUCUCGCCUAACUUCGUCCACGGCAUGAACCAGACCGCCGCGCUGCAGGAACCAGCCAACGGCGACUACAGUAUGAGCCGGUCCAUGUUCGACUACAACCACCAGAGCCUAGGCAGGCUUAACGACGGAGGCGGCCGCCACUCCAGGAGCAACAGUCACGACACUAGUUUAAUAUUGCUGGACAAUGAUAUCAAGAAGGCGCAGUCCAACAGCUCAUUGUCUGAUCAGUCUAGUCCCCCCCACGGUAGUCCUAAGCCUAUAAUGAGGCGAAAAAAUAAACCGCUCGCUCCAGUACCGCCUAACUUUACUCCAGACAAAAAUAAAAGAGUAGAGCCCCAGCCCCCUGCACAGGAGGUGGUUAAAGAACAAGCAAGUACAAAGAUAGAUAACGACAAACCUGCCAAGCCACCCCGACCCGUGAUAUCAGACACCGGCAAGGUCAUCUCAGGCGUACAGACAAUAAAUCGCUCCACGUAUAGACAGAACCGCGCCAUGAAGGAGGAGGCGGCGCGCUCCGGCAGUCGCGAGCAUCUCGCAGACACGCGGCGGCAGAGCCUGGAACUGGACAAGGAUAAGAUUGACGUGCUCAAACCGCCCGAGUCAGGGAAGGAAUCCACACUCGUUGUGAAAAACGUAACGGCACAGACUGGAGUCGUCAGUAGAAUGAAGGUAGUGGGGGACGCAUUCAGUGGGCCUGCGUCACUGGGGGCCGAGCGACCUGCGCCCGCCGCUGACAAGCUGAUAGCGGCGCGGCUGCAGCCCGUCGCCAAACCAGGCGGGCAGGCGCCGCCCCGGCCCGUAGCGGCGCCGCGCACCAUCGUGCCCGCGCUGGGCGAGCCGGCCCCCGCCGCCGCCGGCGAGGCGGGCGACGUACAGCUCCGCCACAAGCCGGCCGUGCCGGAGCGGCCCGCCACGCUGCGGCCGCAGAGCUUCCGAGCGCCGCGCUCGUCGCUCACCGACGCCCCGGACUUAGCGCCCACAGUGCUGGAGCGCACGCAUAUCUACACCGUGGACAAGCAACACCCGACCGUCAUACAGGUCGGCGCCAGCGCAGGCGGCGGCGACCGGGAGCCGGAGGAGGCGCCGCGCGCGACCGUACAGCGCACGCACAGCUCGGGCGGCCGCGACGCCGACCUGGAGGAGCCGCGCACUCUGUGCGUGGCCAGCCGCCAGCUGUCGCAGUCGGAGGGCGACAUCACAGACUGCGCGGCGCCCUCCCCGCGCCCGCAGCCUUCGCGGCCUCCGCGUCCGCUCGUGCCGGCGCCGCCACCGCCAGUGUCCGCCCCCAUCGCCCAGCCGGCACCUUCUGCACCAGUGACACAGCCCACUCAGUCAGCCCAACCGGCUCAGCCAACUCAGCCAGCACAACCGGGUCCGCCUGCGCCCCAGGCAGCCCAGGUUGCGCCGCAGGUCGCCCAGGUUGCGCAGCCACUAAGAGAGAGUACAGAUCUCUAGCCGUCGCUAUUCGUCCCAGUGCCUAUGCCGCGGUUAAAACGCCGUCGUUAACAGGGAUGAUAAAAGGGUAUGCAAAUUAAAAAUAUAUUUAGUCCGUCAGUUAGAUAUUGAAAAAUAUAAGACACGUCUUUUGUCUCGGUAUAACAUGUACUAAAUCAUGACGUCACACGCUAUUUGAAAUCAAUAUACCAUAGAAAGUAUAACAUUCCGUCAGAAAAUAAUACGUGUCUAUUGUUUUAAUGUAUAAGAAGGACACUCAAAGAAUGUACUCAUCAUCCCUGUUCCGUCGUUUGACUGGUUGAGCAGAUGGCGCCACAUUUGUUUGCUACGAUACUGGUCUAUAAUGCUAAUCUAGUUUUCGCAAUCGUGAAUUUAUUAGGAAGUCGCAACGAGACUGAUGUUCGCUCUUAUUUUCUGCAAUACCGUGUCUCGGUCGCGUAGUAAAAGUUGUUUGAGAAACGUUUUUCUUUGCAUCAAAUGAGUAUUAUGUAUUUAUUUUUAUAAAAAUGUAGCAUUAAUAAUAAGAUAACACGUGAUAAUUUGAAUAAUAUUAUCUAUCUAUUACCAAAUUAGAAAUUACAGCUUUUGCGUAAUACGUAGGUCUGACGAUUAAUCAUUGACCCCUGGAAUAUUAUUCCAAAAAGACAUAUCGGUUAGAUUGUCUAUAUAGCUUUUUUAUUAAAUCUAAUUUUAUUAAAAUAAUGGAAUGUUGUAAACUAAGUUUGUACAAUGAAUGAAUGUUGCAAUUAAUACUUGUGAUAUUAGAAAAAUAUAAUCACACUCCUGGUCAAUGACCGUUAGCGGGAGCAUGCACAAAUGUAAUUGUAACGAACAGCCAUAUUUUUAAUGAUUUUUGUAAUGGAUUAUGCCACUGAGCACAACACAUUUGGCCAGCGCCGUCAAGUCAUUUUAUUUGCUAGCCAUUGUGACGCGUUUUCGACUACUUGGCUGCUACAUAGAUUUUAUUUUUUGUAUUGAACGUUAAUUAAAUUGUAUUUAUAAAUUAAUCCGGCGUUGACCAAGUGGAACAGUGCGCUUUGGCAGUAUUCCGUUGACUUGUCAAUGCAUUAGAUUUAGUAAUGAAUGCAAUGCUGUUUUAAUGACUAUUAUUUUAGCUGUAAGUAUGUUAUGUAGUGUUUACAAUCUUAUGUGAUAUGCAUUUUAUUAUUAUAUACUUCAAGUAUACCAGCUUCUGUUGUAAGUAUUAAUAAAAUAGCCCAAACAUUGAA